AUGGGGCUAGACUUGCUCCCAGACCCCGAAAGAAGCAGCAAUGCAUCAAGAGAUCAUCAACUCCGAGACGGCACCAGGGCACAGUACCUCUACAACAACGACGACCCGGAAGACUGGGGCUCGACGGCUUCCGAGUCUGAAUCCUUCGAUGGAACAGACAUCCAUGACAAGGAGCUCGCAUACGACUCACUCGAGACUGGCGGACUGACUGAUCGUGAGAUUGACCGUCUAGACGGCAAGACCUCAAGUCGAUUAGGAUCAAUAAUUAGCCACAGUACAGGAGCAGUGACAGGAGGAGGGACAGGAAGCAAUAGGGCGCCAGGGUACCCCGAACGGGAUACCGGCGCCAACACAGGGCCCAAGGGCGUGAUCGCAGACCAGAAAUACCAUCAUCGGCAGCAGCUGCAGGAACGGCUUUCGUUUCAACAAGCCCACAAUGCACGUAUGCUGGCAAGGGCACCAACAACGACGACUUACCUUCAAGACAUGGAGCGAGAACGGCAAGAAAAAAAGGAAAAGGGUCUGUUGGACGAGGACGAUGGAAACGAUACCAUCAAGGUGUUUGGGUCUUUAAUGGAGAUGAACGCAGCGCAGUAUGUGAGUGCGAUCGAUACGGAAAAGAAGGACGUUACUGUGAUUAUCCAUAUCUACAGUGAGCGCAAUGCAGCAUGCAAGAAGCUAGACGGAUACUUAAUUCAGCUAGCAGGACGGUACGCGACCACAAAGUUCAUUCGAAUCAAAGCUCCUGAGGUUGACUUUGACGAAGAGGUCUGCCCGACAGUGCUUGUUUACCGCGCAGGCGACCUGAUUGCUAAUCUUGUCAUGAUCACUUACGAACUGAGCGAGGACUAUGAUGAUGUCGAACUCGAGGAGCUGUUUACAAGGUACGCCGUGAUCCUUCGCCGUUUACUCGUCUUUGCAGGCACUGGAUAAGGGAGUGGGCAUACUAUCGCCUUCAUUUAAAGUAAUUCAUUUUGUGUAUCUAGAUACAAGGUCCUAUCGCCGCAUGACCAAUACCGGCGUGAGACCUCAUUCUUAGAGCAUUCACUAUUGGACUCGUCCCUCAAUACGGUGUCGUCCAUGUCAUCCCAGUUUGGAGAACUCAACAUGAUGAGUCUUGGGCUCAGCGUUGGAGGCGAGACUACAGAGACAUCAUUUGGCGGUAGUGGCGGUAGGCGAGGGAUCCUAGGUGGAAACGUAAAAGAGUUUCGCUACCAGGACUAUGAGGAUGAUGAGGAUGAGGACAAGGAGGAUAACCGCCGACACUGAGCAGAGGUGACUCUAUCAAGACCGCUAGAUGACUCGAAGGCUCAAGCCGUAUUUACCGCUAUAGUCCUACAGAACAAAAUAACUAUAGACCUGCA